AUGUCUUCUCAAUAUACAGUCAGGACUCAAAGAAGUAGCCGGAGUGGCUUCAGUGCUAACUCUGCCAUCACCCCUGGCAUCAGCCGGUCAGGCUUCAGCUCUAGGUCUGUGUGCCGUUCUGGGGGCAGUGGUGGCUUUGGAAGGGCUUGUGGAAUCUCUGGGGGAGCUGGUUUCGGCAGCCGAAGCCUUUACAACCUAGGGAGGUCCAACAGGAUCUCCAUGGCAGGAAACAGCUGUGGCUUCCAGAGUGGAUAUAGUGGAAGAGUGGGAGGCGGAUUUGGUUUCGGCAGUGGAGUCAGUGGUGGCUUUGGAUUUGGUGGUGGAGCUGGCUUUGGUGGUGGUUAUGGAGGAGCUGGGUUUCCUGUCUGUCCCCCUGGUGGAAUCCAAGAAGUCACUAUCAACCAGAGUCUUCUGACUCCCCUCAACCUGCAAAUUGACCCCACCAUCCAGAGGGUGAAGAGUGAAGAGAGGGAGCAGAUCAAGACCCUCAACAACAAAUUUGCUUCCUUCAUUGACAAGGUCCGAUUUCUUGAACAGCAAAACAAGGUUUUGGAUACCAAAUGGACACUGCUCCAGGAACAGGGCACCAAGACUGUGAAGCAAAACUUGGAUCCACUUUUUGAAGCCUAUAUUAGCCAACUCAGGCAGCAACUGGAUAGAAUCACACUUGAGAAAGGUUCUCUGGAUAAUGAGCUGAGAAACAUGCAAGAUCAAGUGGAAGACUUCAAGAACAAGUUCGAAGAUGAAAUCAACAAGCGUACUGCAGCAGAGAAUGAAUUUGUGACACUAAAGAAGGAUGUCGAUGCUGCCUACAUGAAUAAGGUUGAAUUGCAAGCCAAUGCAGACAGCCUCCAAGAUGAAAUCAACUUCUUGAGAGUCUUAUAUGAGGCAGAGCUGUCCCAGAUGCAGACCCACAUUUCUGACACCUCUGUUGUUCUGUCCAUGGACAACAACCGCACUCUGGAUCUGAAUAGCAUCAUUGCUGAAGUCAAGGCUCAGUAUGAAGAUAUUGCUCAGAGGAGCAGGGCUGAGGCUGAGUCCUGGUACCAGACCAAGUAUGAGGAACUGCAGAUCACAGCUGGCCGCCAUGGGGAUGAUCUCCGCAACACCAAGCAGGAGAUUUCCGAAAUAAACCGAGUGAUCCAGAGGCUGAGAGCCGAGAUCGAUAAUGUCAAGAAGCAAUGCGCUAACUUGCAGAAUGCCAUUGCUGAAGCUGAGCAGAAGGGUGAGAUGGCCCUCAAGGAUGCCAGGGUCAAAUUAGAAGAGCUGGAAGCUGCUCUUCAGAAGGCCAAGCAGGACAUGGCCCGCCAGCUGCGCGAGUACCAGGAGCUGAUGAACGUCAAGCUGUCCCUGGACAUUGAGAUCGCCACCUACAGGAAGCUGCUGGAGGGAGAGGAGUGCAGAAUGAGCGGAGAGGGUGUUGGACCAGUCAACAUCUCUGUCGUGAGCUCCACAGUUUCCAGUGGGUAUGGCAGUGGCGGCGGCGUUGGCGGUGGUUUCGGACUGGGUGGAGGAAGUGGUUAUUCCUACGGUAGCAGCAGCAGCUACGGUGUGGGAGGAGGACUCAGCGUUGGAGGUGGCUUCAGCGCCGGCAGUGGGAGAGGCUCCCUGGGGGGCAGCAGCACCAGCGUAAAGUACACCACGACCACAUCUUCCACUAAGAAGAGCUACAAGCACUAA